GUGAUUAUCUUGAUGCAAAAGGCACUACUUAUAGCCACAAUGACGUUUUUUGCUUUGCCAGAUCAUAGAUGCAGAGGGCAAAAUGACUGCAGAUUGAAUGGGCUACUUUUUUUGUGGUGGUGGGGAAUAAAUUUUGCAGUCCGGUUUUUUUUCCGGGCAUUGUGCUACCUAUAUAUCGAACAACCGGAAACGGCGACCAGAAGACCUAUUUUACCGGGACCUGAGCAGCCCCACAAGCUGAAUCGCGUAGUGGGAAUUAUCCAACUUCCCCGACAAAACAAGCAACUAAACAGAAAGUGA